AUGAGCUUCUCACAGGAAAGCUAUGUGACCAUCCUUCGACGCACCAUCACCUCGUUUCUCACAACACACCCGUUUUUGGCGGCUCUCACAGCUCUCGUUGCCCUCUGCAUCAUCACGCGAAUCUUCUCAGGACUCGAACUCAAAGCAAGCACCAAACAGCGACAGAGCCGAAAUUCACCAACCGCCACUCCGCCUCCACUUCUUCCCUACUGGAUUCCAUGGCUCGGUCAUGGGCUCAACUUCGCGCUCGGCGGCAACGACUUCCUCACCCAAGCAUCCAAGUCGCUGGGUGCACAUGGCUCGAUCUUCACGCUGUGGAUGGCGAACAGCAAACACCACGUCGUCACCGUACCGGGCAUUGAGAAACAACUGAUAUCCCGAGAAGCGCCGCUGACAUCGGAACCCUUCAUCUACCGUAUCAUGGAGAAGUUCUGGGGUGACGGGGGCUCGGUACGAGCGACCGACCCCGCUGCAGUCUGGGGACCUAUCCAUGGCGCACUCAACGCCUUGAUGCGCGAGGACUUUGUAGCCAGCGCGCUCAGCGACACAGUCAAAGCUCUCGAGACCGGCACGUGGAACCUGAUCUCCGGGCUGGACUCGCCCGUCGACCAGACCAUAUGGGAGCGCGAGGCGGACGUCCAAAUUGUGUCGCGAGGGUCGAGAAGCGACAACGACGACUCGCUUUUCGUCGCCGAAGCCGAGCUCUGGCAACUCAUGCGGUACUUUGUAGGCGAGAUCGCCACGACGGUCCUCAUGGGCCGCGACUUUCUACAGAACCACCCGGCCUUCAUGCACGACCUGUGGGAACUGGACGAGAAGUUCAACCUCUUCGUCGCCGGCGUGCCGGGGUGGUUUCCCAGCAUGGCGGCCGCGGCCGGUGCACGCGAACGCGUCCUCGCGGCGAUCGCGGACCACCACGACGCCAUGUUCAAGUUCCUCGACGGCGGUGACCAAGACCCCGGGUCGCGCUGGGCCGACAUGUCGGACGUGAGCCCCGUCAUCGUCAAGCGCGCCGUCGAGUUUCGCAAGGCCGGUGGCUCGCGGCGCGCGUGGACCACAGGCAACGCGGCCAUCGUCUGGGUCAUGAACAUCAACUCCAACGCCGUCAUCUUCUGGAUGAUCUGGUACAUUUUCAGCGACGCCUCUCUCGUCGACGAGCUCCGCAGGGAGCUCGCGCCGUACGUCCGCUUCGUGCCGCCGCCGACGCCGCGAGACACCGGGCUGCCUAUACGAGAGGCGCCGCGGCUGAAGAUCGAGCUGGGUGCGCUGUGGACGAAAUGUCCGUUGCUCAAGGGCGCGUUUUUCGAGACGAUGCGUCUCGAGGCCGCGAGCAUGAGCUACAAGAAGAUUGUCGAGGACUUUGUCGUGUCCGAGUCCGAAGACGACGCCAGGAUGCUGGGCAAAUCCGAACCGGAGAGGUUCUUGCUACGGAAGGGCGAGUUCGUGUGUAUACCGCACGGCGUCCACCAGACCGAUGAAAAGUAUUUCCGCGACCCGACGAGAUUUGAUCCCCGGCGGUUCUGGGCCAAGGAGGAUGAUGGCGUCGACGUUGAUGUCGUCACCUCCAACGAUGACGAUGGGGAGGAAGAAGAAGAAGAAGAAGAGGAAGGAGGAGGAGGAGGAGGAGAGAACAAAUCUUCCACUGCUACUACUGCUACUUCUAGACCUACCAAUCCGGAGGCGCAAACGGGAACAGGAAUGGGAAACUACGGCGCGAGUCCAAGACAGGUCGAUUAUGGCACGAUGCGCGUCUGGGGAGGCGGGAAGCACAUGUGCAAGGGCAAGACGUUUGCGGAACGAGAGGUCUUGCUGUUCGUCGCGGCCGUCGUCAUGCAGUGGGACAUGGCGCCCGUUGGAAACGGUGGGAGGUGGGUUCACCCUGGGAGAAAGCCCGGAGGCGGUGCCGUGAAUCCUGUCGAGCCUGUCCGUGUCAGGAUGAGGCGUAGAGAGGGGUGGUGA